CUUUCUCAACCAAAACAACAUUCCAAACGUGAAAAGAACUUACAAACCGCGAUGCCGGUCACACUAAGAGCAAAAUGUAUAAUUGUUGGUGAUACCACAGUUGGAAAAAGUUCUCUCUGUCAAAUGUUUCACAGCGAUGGGUCACACUUUGCAAAGAACUACACCAUGACUGCUGGUGUUGAGUUGCUGGUAAAGUCAGUCAAUAUUCCUGAAACUAGAGAUUCAGUGGAGCUGUUUUUGUAUGACUCAGCUGGGAAAGAAAUCUUCUCAGAACAUGUCCAGAAAUAUUGGGAUCAUCCGGGCGUCAUAAUGGUCAUAUUUGAUGUGACAAAUGAGACAUCUUUCUCCAGCUGUGCGAAGUGGUUAGAACGAGUCAGGUCACAGAAGCCUGAUGUACAUAUGCCAGGAGUCUUGAUUGGGAACAAGGUUGAUCUGGAGCAGAGGCAGGUGAUUAGUCCUAAAGCAGCCACACAUUUUGCUGAAUCCAACGGUCUGAAAUACUUUGAGUGCUCCUCUAAGGAGUUCCAGAACGUAGAGGCCCCAUUCUACUAUAUUGCAAAUGAAUUCUACAAAAUCUACCAAGAACGUGUUGAACAUUUUAAGACACUGUCAUUAUGAUAGAUUUUAUACAAGAGACAUUGAUUAUUGUGCUCCACACAUUCCUCCGUCCACCUGGUUUACCGACAUCUUAUGUUGAUUAAAAUUUGUAUAUAACAAA